GGCACUUGAAAAACCAUCCCAUAUAUCUUCUGUUUUUUAAUCAGUUAGAAAUUCAUCUGGUAGCGGUACGAGAAUAAAAAGAGUGGUGAACACCCUGAUCCAAUAAUGGCAGCUCCGGCCCUGGAAGGCGCAGCUGUCACGGCGCUACGGGCGGUGCUGCACCGUGUUCGCCUCGCCGCAGAGAGGUCCGGACGCCGCGCCGACGAUGUAAGGGUGGUGGCCGUGAGCAAGACCAAGCCAGUGUCCCUAAUCGACCAAGUUUACGACGCGGGGCACCGAUGUUUUGGCGAAAACUACGUUCAGGAACUUAUAGAUAAAGCCCCUCAGCUCCCUGAGGACAUUGAGUGGCAUUUUAUCGGGCAUUUGCAGAGCAAUAAAGUUAAAGCGCUGCUAACUGCUGUUCCGAACUUGGCCAUGGUUGAGGGUGUUGAUAAUGAGAAGGUCGCCAAUAAUCUUGAUCGUGUAGUUUCAAAUAUUGGAAGGCAGCCUUUGAAGGUUUUGGUCCAGGUGAACACCAGUGGAGAAGUAUCGAAAUCUGGAAUAAAUCCAUCACAAUGUGUAGAUCUUGUGAAGCAUGUCAAGCUAGGCUGCCCCAAUCUUGAGUUUGCUGGAUUAAUGACAAUUGGGAUGCCCGACUACACAUCAACUCCAGAGAACUUCAAGACUCUAUUGAACUGUAGAGCUGAGCUAUGCAAGGCACUAGGAAUGGCAGAAUCUCAGUGUGAGCUGUCAAUGGGCAUGUCUGGUGACUUUGAACAAGCGAUUGAAAUGGGCAGCACCAAUGUGAGAGUUGGAUCAACCAUAUUUGGACCGAGGGACUACUCGAAGAAGAAAUAAGUUCAGUUUUAUGUUUGUACAAUAUGUAUGGCUGAGAUCUCUUAGUGUCUGAUGGUGUAGAACAAGAAACUUAUAUUGGUUUACUAUUAUAGUUUAAACGCUAAUUGUGUAGAACGCCUUGUAUAUUUUACAGUGCUACAUUUUUGUGGUUGAUUAAGUAUAUUUUGAAGGACUGCUGUUUAAUA